AUGUCCUCGGGAGUGGACCCUCCAUCGGUCGCAUCAGGUGCUCUGGUAGUUCCCCUGAUUAUAUGGGGAGCCAAACCUCCUGAGCAUAAAAUAACAUGUAUCAAUUAUCUGAGCGAUUGUUCAACAAUAGUAACAGGUGGCGACAAUGGACAUGUUAUUAUAUGGAAAUGUACUGAAGAUGCCAUAAAUCCCCACCAAUUAAUGGUGGGACACACCCAACCAAUCACGGCUAUUUCUACAACUAGCAAGAAUUCGAAAUCCACAAGGUUUAUAUCUGCUUCUGCCGACGGUCAUGUCUGUUUAUGGGAUAUUCAAGACGGAAGAUGUGUUGAUUCAACCGAUUCUAUAUAUGUGCAUAGACAAAUGGAGGCAUACACGUAUAAAUCUCGUCAUGUACGAUCAACUAAACUUUUUUGUAUUGGAGACUAUGCUGAUUUCGUUGUAAUGGACCCACAAGAUUUGACAAUAGUUUUCAAUUUAAGUUCGCGAGUUGAGCCUGAUUGGAUCUGUCGGUAUUGUUUCGUUCAACGGCCGGGAAAACCACCCCAAUGCAUAGGAUUAUCCGCUGUUGAGAUGAUUAAAAUUUGGUCUUUAGUGGAUCUAGAAAAGAAGGAUUUGGCUAAUCCUCUGUAUGAAGACGAAUCAAAAAGAUUAGAUAUCCAUGAUGUAAGGUCAGUGUCUUUCAAUACAGUGAAUGAUAGAAUUUUGCUUGUCGUCACGGGGUCCACUUGGCAGAUUAUCGAUCUUGAUGAUUUAUCCACCUUGUUAUGUUAUGAAUGUCCUACUGAUGUUGUUAAAGGGCAAGUGAUUGAUAUCGACAAGGUUGCUAUUGCUUACAAUGACCAAACAGUUCGAGUUUAUCAAUUACCCCUCGAGCUUUUAAAUGGGCCUCAGGCUCGGGAAGCUUUUGGAUCAUCCCCUUCCAAUUAUUUUGGCAUCAACAAACCUUUCGAAAUUGCUGUUCUUGAAGCAUCCAAAUCCUGCUCACUUUCGUGGGUUUCUGAUGUUUAUUAUGAUUUUUCUCCUCAAUCCAAUAAUCCUAACUUGUAUCAAGUUGUAAGAGGAACUUGUGAUGGAAAGCUUUUACUUUGGAAAAUACCUGAGUACGCUGCUGAAUUCAUGCAGAAAAUAGGAAGCAGUUCUCAACUUCCUUUGAAGUAUAAAGGAACUUUUGAGGAAAGUCUUGAAUCGGUUUGGUCGAGCCUGAUGGACGAGGAAAAAAUUUCCAUAAUGGAUCCUGGUGUUGUAACAGCUUCUUUACUAGUUGGAUCUCAAGGAAAGCUCAUAUUAGGACAAAAAGAUGGUUUGAUUACCAUGAGUUAUGCUUGUGAAGCUUUAUCCAAACAACUCUUAAACUAUGACGUUGAUAAAACUACUACGCGGGUGCUGCGGGGCCAUUCCGCCGCCGUCAGAAGCCUUUUUUAUCCUCAUGAACAUCAUAACCGUUUCGAUCCUCAAUUAUUACUGUCGGGCAGUGAUGAUUUCACAGUGAUUGUUUGGAAUAUUAACAACGGAAAUCGUUUGCACAGAUUUUACGAGCACGGGGGACCUGUUUUGAGAUUUGUUAUUCCUCCCGUAAACUGCACUAAAAAUAUAGCCAAGUGUGUGUGUUCUAUAACAGCAGAUAAUACUGCAUCUUUGCUCAAUAUCCGAGAUUUUAAGUGUGCUCUUCUCGCUUCAAAACAUCCUCAUCCGAUUAAAGAUGUAAAAUGGAGACCUCUAGACGAUUUUAUGCUAGUAAAACUGGACGAUGGAAGUGUCUAUGUUUGGUCGAUGGAAAGUGCGAACUUGGAUAGGAUUGUAACAGGUUUAGUUGCUGAAGAGGUGUUGAGCGCAUGUGAUGAACAAAUUGGUCGGGAAGAGGGAUGCGAUGAGACCGUAGCACCAAGUGCAAUACUGAUGAUGAGAGCUCUGAAAAAUAAGAGUAUGGAAGCGUUUAAACAAACCAUGACUGCGUCUAAUGAAUCGCGGAAAAUCACCGACAACCAAAUCUAUGAAGUUAGCUCUCCAAUACAAGUAGAUGCUCUACCUGGUUGUGAGCAAGGCGCGCACUUAAUCCAAUUCGAGGUUGGAGCUCUGGUUGCUGGUUUAUUAAAUGUUGAUGCAUCUGAGUUUGCUGAUGGCUCAUAUACAGACAAAAACGAAGAAAAUGGUUUAGCAGGCAUUAAUAGACGAGUAGCGUGGCAGUUCGAAGCAAACCUUUGUUCUGAUGUCGCUCGAUUGAUGCUAUCUCUUCUCCAUGGCUGGAACCUGGAUGAAGAUUUAGAUAGCAUUUGUAGUAAAAAAUUAGGGCUCAGUAAGCCUCGUCAUCAGCUAUAUUUCGGUAAUAUUUCCCGACACGGUCAAUUGGCUGUAGCUUUGCCUCAGAAAUCUCAUUUACCAUACGAUUCGUUUUCGAUUAAUGUGAGGUGGCAAGCUAGUCAUUCUUUGACGACUACUCACUUACUCGCUGUUAUUGCAACCGCUAACACUUUGAUGGGCAUGAAAAACUUAUUUAUAAGAAAUCGUAAAACAUCGUUGUCAUCCAACAAUCUUCAACGUCAGUCUUCGAAGGAAACCAUAUCCUCAGAAAAACAACAGCUGAAACAGGGUUGGAGUCUAGUUGCUGCACUACAUUGUGUUCUUUUACCUGAUCACGUUAAACCUAAGAGCUCUUAUGCUGCACCGAGAAUUGAGCUUUUAGCUCGAAGAUGGCAGGAUAGUUCAAUGGAAAUCCGAAUAGCUGCUCAAGCGCUUCUUGUACGUGAACUGGCUAGAUUGGGAGCACCUGGACGGCGGAAGCUGAUAGAGUCUUGGGCACCGUUUCUACCACCACUUUUGGAUCCAAGUCUGUCCAUAUUCGGCGCCCGUCUCCAAUCGUCUAUCCCGAACGUACCUCCUGCUGCUCCUCCUAUACCACCGAGAAGCAAGUCUUCGCCUCCAACUGUUGCUCCUGUUCCUGAACCUGCAACCGGUGACGAUGGAGAAUCUGGAGUACAGCAAGUUCGACGCAAUCAAGCCACGGCAAUUAUUCUCCUGGGUGUGGUCGGAGCAGAGUUCGGUGAUGAACUUUAUAGAGCCGAUCUAACAAGGGCCACUGCUUUAUCUCUUCUAGAGUUGUUAGUAGCUGCUCCUUCUGCUCUCCUCCCAGUGCAUUCACCACUCCGACGAGCUGCAAUAGAUUUAUUGGGGAAAGGAAUAGUAUACUGGCAACCUCAUUUGGAGAUAUCAAAAGUGUUGUUAGGAUUACUGGAUUUGGCAGCCAACUCAGACAAACAACCAAUGCCUUCUAUGGUUGGAACUCCUCUCUCUCCUAUUGCAGAUGCUUGUCGAACAGCUCGCCAUGCUUUAUCGUUGAUAGCAAACGCUCGCGCACCAGCUCUUUUAACAGCUCUUUCUAUGGAGGUCGCAAGGUAUAACUCAGCCGCUCAACACCAGACUAUCCAGCACACUGUAGUCAGUCCUCUUUUGAAGUCUCGUUCUGAGGUUCUUCGAAUAAUAGCAGAACUUUCUGAGAAAAAGUUCAAUGAAGUAGUUGACUUGAUGACGUCAGUUGGUGAAAUCCUUGUGCAUUGCUUAGACAUCUCCAUGUUGAGACACAAGUCAUUAGCGGAGAUUUUCCCGGCUAUUGCCAAAUUUCCCAUGGUGUCCUAUUGUUCUGUCACACGGCGCAUUGCCUUUGGUGGAUCGAAUGGUUACUGCGUUGUUCAUGAGCUGAGAGCUUCGAAAACUCAUAACUUACAAUGUCAUUCGGGACCAAUAAGUGCAGUGGCGUUCUCAGAUGAUGGAAAGUAUUUAGCAACAUAUGGGGCUUCAGAUGGAAAAGUUGUGUUUUUCCAAACUAGUCAGACAUUCCUGGGUAUCGGACAAAAUCAGAUGAAACUGGUCAAGAGCCAGCCAGCUCCUUCGUGUAUGGUGUUAACAUCCCCCACCGGACAAACAUUCCGUCCAAAGUUAGUUUGGAUCAACUCGAAAUCAAUUGCUCUCAUGAUGCCGGAAGGUAAAGAACAAAGGUUCACUGUUUAA